AUGACGCCGGCUUUCAGGACGGCCGGCCCGCCGGUUCACAGCGUCAACCCGACGAUGCGCGGCGUGGCGCUGGGCAUUCCGGUGUUUCUGGCCGGGAUCGUGGGCUAUGCCCUCUACUUGAUUGCCAAGCACGUGUUGUGGGACCAAUUCUGGCACCAGGACGAUCGGCACGGGCUCGCCAUUGGGCUCAUUGUGCCCUACGUCGUGAUUGCGGCGCUCAUGGUGGCCAGCUACCUGCGGAUUUUUAUUACGGCGCGUCUAGACCCCGCCGUCGUGCCGCUCGGCCCCGAGAGUGCGCGAUACUACCACACGAAAAAGAAGGCGGCACUCGGGCGCGGAAGCGGGCGCAACCACGGGUGCAGCGGCGCCAAGGACGCACGAGACGAAGACAGGCACUCGAGCGGCCACGUCAAGCACGGAAGCAACAGCCCGGUAGACCUGGAGGCGGGAUUGGGUGGCACGGUUCCAUACGGGUCAACGGGCGGGACCGGUGUGGAUUCGGGGCAGCGGCGGUCUCCAGAGACAGCAGACCCGCGACUGGACCCCGAUAGUCCCGGGCUGGAGCUGUUCUACACCAAGGAAGCGUUUGAGUGCGGCGCAGACGGACGGCCGCUGUGGUGCAACGCGUGUGGUACAUGGAAACCGGACCGGGCACACCAUUCUUCGGAGCUGAACCGCUGCGUGCGCAAGCUGGACCACUUCUGUCCGUGGGUUGGCGGCGUGGUGUCCGAGACGACCUUCAAGUUCUUUUUGCAGUUCAACGUGUACGCGACGCUUCUGUGGGCCCUGACGAUUGGCAUUGGCGGCUACGCGCUCUCGCAGGGGACAGACGCCCGGAUCAUUGCGGCUCUGGCGCUGACGGGUGUUCUGGGCCUGUUAGCGAGCGCGAUGGCGUGCACGUGUGUGCACUUUGCGCUGACGAACCAGACGUCGGUCGAGACGCACCAGCGACGCGAGCGGGCGAAGCUGAUGGCCGUGCACAUCCGCCGUGGCGCGCCGGCCGUCGAGGGUGCCUACAACGUGGUGACGUACCCGCUGCCAAAGGAGGGAGAGCAGGUCGGACAGGGGCUGGACGAGGUGGACCAUCCCCAGGACCCAGACCCCUUUGCUGUGGCACGUGCAGCCAGGGCGGCGGCGAGACGGGCUGCUGCUCGUGACCAGCUGGCGUUUCGCACGUUUGCCAUUGUGGCCGUGCCUCGCGGCAUGAACGUCUGGGACCUCGGCUGGUGCGCCAACUGGACGGCGGUCAUGGGGGCCAGCCCGCUGGACUGGCUGCUGCCGCUGCGGCAGUCGCCCUGCUGCACGAGCGACCGCGACAUGCUGGCCCAGCACGGCUUCUACCGGCUCAGCCCGGCGUUCCGGAAGCUUUGCGCGCAGUACAGCCUGCCACCGAGCACGGGGAUGGAGGAGUGGGGGGGAGAGGCUGUCUGA